GAGAAAACAAAAAGGCACUACAACUCAUUGCUCCAGAGUCCAUACUCCGGACUAGUUCUCUUGCCUUCUUCUGCCCUAAAAAUUGUUCCACUUCUGGAAUUUUAUCCUAGAAUUUUAGUGUUAGCAAUCCCUCAUUCGUUUAUUUAAAAUCAAUGUACCUUUUGGUUGGAGGAUGCAUGAAGUUUAUGGGAGGACAGGAGAUAAAAACUAUAUGAUUGAAUGUGUGUGCAUAAAAAUUUAUAGACAUGCCCUCUUAUAUAGGCCAGUAAUUAUUUAAGAAUUUUGGGUGUUUCUUCAUUCUAUAGGAUCACUUUGACAGUUUGACUUGUCCGGCACCAACUUCUGGUAUUACUAUUGUCUGAGUUCUCAGGAGUUCUUUCACAGAAGGUAGAUGGGUUCUAGAAUCCCAUCUCAUAAGCUUAGCAAUGGCCUCUACGUAUCAGGACGGCCGGAGCAGCCCAAAGAAAGAACUCCAACAAUGACAUCAACAGCCGUGCCAUAUACCGGUGGAGACAUAAAAAAGUCUGGAGAAUUGGGGAAGAUGUUUGAUAUUCCUGUUGAUGGCUCUAAAUCUAGGAAAUCUGGACCAAUAACAGGUGCUCCAUCACGGACUGGAUCUUUUGGAGGAGCUGGUUCGCAUUCUGGACCUAUGCAGCCUAAUGCUGCUGCUCGAGCCACCUAUACUUCAGGUCCAAUGACUUCUGGUGGCAUGGCUGGUUCGACUUCAAUGAAGAAAUCAAAUUCUGGGCCACUGAAUAAGCAUGGGGAACCUGUUAAAAAGUCUUCUGGUCCUCAGUCUGGUGGAGUUACACCAGUUGGGCGUCAAAAUUCUGGACCUCUUGCUCCCGUUCUACCUACAACAGGUCUCAUUACAUCUGGGCCCAUAUCAUCUGGCCCACUAAAUUCUUCUGGGGCUCCUCGGAAAGUGUCUGGUCCUUUGGAAGCGACGGGUUCUAUGAAGCUUCAAGGUUCUGCUGCUGUUCACAACCAAGCUGUGACUGUUCUUAGUCAAGGUGAUGAUUCCUUCAGAAGGAAUUUUCCGAAGGCGGUGUUAUGGUUAUUAAUUCUGCUUUUUGUGAUGGGUUUCAUUGCUGGUGGUUUUAUUCUUGGAGCAGUGCACAAUGCUAUUCUCCUUAUUGUAGUUGUGAUUCUUUUUGGCUUAGUUGCUGCAUCUUUCACUUGGAAUACUUAUUGGGGAAGAAGAUCUAUUAUGGGCUUUGUUACUCAUUAUCCAGACUCUGAGCUUAGAACUGCAAAAAAUGGGCAAUUCGUGAAGGUCUCUGGGGUUGUUACCUGCGGUAAUGUGCCUCUUGAGUCAUCUUUCCAGAAAGUUCCCAGAUGUGUAUAUACGUCAACAAGUUUAUAUGAGUAUCGAGGAUGGGACUCAAAAGCUGCCAAUCCUGCACACCGUCGGCUUACUUGGGGCCUUAGAUUGCUGGAAAGGCGCGUGGUUGACUUCUACAUCUCAGAUUUCCAGUCUGGUUUAAGGGCACUGGUUAAGACUGGGCAUGGAGCAAGAGUGACCCCUUAUGUUGAUGACUCAGUUCUCAUCAAUGUAAAUCCAACCAAAGAAGAGCUUUCACCAGAGUUUCUCCGGUGGUUGGGAGAGAGGAAUCUUUCAAGUGAUGACCGCAUCAUGCGGCUGGAAGAAGGGUACAUCAAAGAAGGAAGCACAGUAAGUGUAAUGGGAGUUGUUCAGAGGAAUGAGAAUGUGCUUAUGAUUGUUCCUCCGCCAGAUCCAAUCACUACUGGUUGCCAAUGGACCAAAUGCAUUUUUCCAUCUAGUCUUGAGGGUAUAGUUUUAAGAUGUGAAGAUGCAUCCAAGAAUGACGUGAUACCAGUUUAACAGUAUGUGCUAUGAGGGUGCUUGUAGCAUCUUCUAAUUGGUGUUCUUAGAUAGUAUUCUUUUCCCCUCUAUUAUUAGUGGUGGUGGAAUAUCAUAGUGACAAAUUAUUAUAGAUUAAGAUGGCAAAGUUGUGUGUGCGCCCGCCUUCUUUUUCUCCUUUAAAUUGUUGUAUAGUUCUGGUUGUUUUGAUGUUCUUCUAGGGUUUGUUAAUGUUUGGUGCGGUAAAAAUUCUUACUUGUACGAGCAUAUUGUGAUUAUGCUAACAUGCUAAAUAGAAUACAAUUUUUGUUUGUGUUUGCAAAUCU